ACUAAAGAAGCGGAGACAGAAGUUAGGUUUGGGAUCCCGACGAUGCUGUCUACCUUUUACAUCAGCGCAUCUUCUUCCCUGUCUCUUGGACUUGGACUUGGACUUGGACUUGUUUUACUUGCAACGUUAUGGUACAAUCAUCAGUUUGUAUAUUUUUGGAAAGGCCUUGCAAGCACCUGCGAUUCCAGUUACGGUGAGGUAAGGGUAGAUCACCUGCAUGAACUGAAGGAGGUUAGAAAAUAAGAAUGACAUGAAUGUGAAAAUGGGAAAGGCGUUGAUAGCUGAAAUAAGCUUUCACGGUUCAGACCCAUCACCUAAUACACUUCGAUGGCUCAUGAAAUUAACAUGUUUUGCACUCGGUGCUCUGAAGAAGAGCAGGAUUGAUUUUAAGGUUUAUCUCACUUAGCGUGGCAAUGAAAAGAAAAGGGUCAUUACGUAACCCGCCUCUCAUCAGCAGGACAUCAGUGCCACUGACAAUGUCUUCCAUUUUCUCCUCCGUUCUUUUCAUUUCUCUUGUCAUGAUCGUUGAUCCUUUAAUAGCUGAGGCAAAAGUUCUCAUUGUUUUGAUGGAUGAUGAACCUGUCUUCUCUUUCAAAUCAAAGCAAGCCCAUUCUAGGAUUGAGGAGGCUUCUUUGGCAUACAAAGAGAGAUUAAGGACAAGCCAUGACGUAUUCUUAGAAUCCCUGCUCCUGAAAGAUACCUACAACAAGCUCUACAGCUACACUCAUUUGCUUAAUGGGUUUGCAGUCAAUGUUCAGUCCAAGGAGGUCCUCAGAACUCUGAAGAACGCAACAGGAGUUAGAGCUAUCCAUGAAGAUGUCAAAAUGGAGAAGUUUACAACACAUACACCUCGCUUUCUUGGGAUUCCUACUGGUGUUUGGCCAAUUUUAGGGGGAGCAGAGAGUUCGGGUGAGGGGGUAAUAAUAGGUUUUAUUGACACGGGGAUAAACCCUCUCCAUCCAAGUUUUACGGGUGGUUCCUCUGCACGAUUUACAAACAGUUCCAAAUUCAAAGGAAAAUGUGUCACCGGAGAGAAGUUCCCUUCAACAGCAUGUAAUGGCAAGAUAGUAGGGGCACAAUAUUUUGCUCGUGCAGCAAUAGCUGCUGGUGACUUCAAUGCAACACGCGAUUAUGCAUCCCCCUAUGAUGCUGAUGGUCAUGGAAGCCAUACAGCCUCCACAGCUGCUGGAAACCACCAAAUACCAGUGAUUGCCAACGACUUCAAUUACGGUUAUGCAAGUGGCAUGGCUCCUGGAGCAAGGAUUGCUGUGUACAAAGCUCUUUACACAUUUGGAGGUUACAUGUCAGAUGUCGUGGCUGCUGUGGAUCAGGCAGUGGAGGAUGGAGUUGAUAUAUUAAGCCUCUCCAUAGGGCCAUCUAGUGUCCCAUCUGGUCCUUCUGCCUUCCUCAAUGUGCUAGAAAUGGAGCUUUUAUUUGCUACAAAAGCUGGAGUUUUUGUUGUUCAAGCUGCUGGAAAUGGUGGCCCUUCUCCCAGUUCGAUCCUUUCUUUUAGCCCCUGGAUCACUAGUGUAGCUGCCUCCAUCAUCGAUCGCAAGUACAGCAACUCAAUCAUUCUUGGGAAUGGGCGAAGCUUCUCUGGCACUGGUCUUGCCCCUCCAACAGCAGGAGAAAUGCCUUACCGAAUAGUGGCAGCAGCUGAUGUCUCUCAUGGGAACACCACUAGUGUUCUAGAAGUUGAAAGCUGUCAGCAUCCAGAACACUUCAUCUUAUCAUCAGUUCGAAACAAGCUGGUUAUCUGCACUUAUACCUUUGACUUUGAAUAUGAGGCUGCAAGCAUCGCAGCUGUUGCAAACACUAUACAGAAGAUAGGGGCUGCAGGUUUUAUCAUCACAAUGGAUCCUGACAUUGGUUCUGAGCAAGUCAAGGGUACCACAAUGACUAUGCAAGUACCUGCCAUUAUACUGAACAACAUACAAUCUUCCAGAGCAUUGUGGGAGUAUUAUAACUCAAAUACCAUCAGGAGUACCAGUGGACAAGCUGUGGGUUUUGCUGCCAGGGCAAGAAUAUUGGAUGGAAGGCGAGCAUUCUUUACUCGGCAGGCCCCAAUUGUUGCAUCCUAUUCGUCUAGAGGUCCCGAUGUGAGCAAUGCACUUUUGCAAACUGCUGAUGUCCUCAAACCAAAUGUCAUGGCCCCAGGAUCCUCCAUUUGGGCUGCGUGGAGCCCCAACAGUGAAGGAGAUCCUUCUAUCAAGGGGCAAAACUUUGCGCUUGUAUCUGGUACUAGCAUGGCCACUCCUCACAUAGCUGGUGUUGCGGCUUUAAUCAAGCAAAAGCACCCUAGGUGGAGUCCUGCAGCAAUCACAUCAGCAAUGAUGACCACUGCCAGUACAUUUGACCAUUCUGGCUCUCCCAUUUUAGCACAAUUAACUAACCAAAUAGCCCCUGCUACACCGUUCGAUUUUGGUGCUGGAUUCAUAAACCCAGUUCAUGCCAUCGACCCAGGACUCGUAUUCGAUUCUCAUUUUGAACAAUAUGUCCAGUUUCUUUGUGCUGUUCCAGGUGUUGAUGAAGGUUCUGUAAGACGAGCAGUAGGAACUAGUUGUCCAACAAAUAGAAGAGCAUGGUGUUCAGAUUUGAACACCGCAAGUGUGACAAUUUCGAAUCUAGUUGGGUCAAGAAAGGUGAUUCGUAGUGUUACAAACGUGAGCAGCAGGAAUGAGGUUUAUAGAGUGACUGUGAGACAACCAUCAGGUGUAAACGUAACUGUUUCCCCACGAGUAGUUGUGAUAAACAGUAAUGCUUCGAAGCAUCUUAGGAUUGUGUUGACGGCAAUUAAGGCAACGAGAACUUACACAUUCGGAGAGAUGGUGUUGCAUGGAAGCAGAAAGCAUGUUGUUAGAGUUCCUAUAGCUGUUUACGUUAGCACAUCAUUGAAAAGCUGAUUUCCUUUAAGAUUCGGGAGAUAAUUCUUCAUUUUGCUUUAUGAUGCAAUAAUUCAAAAAGAAAUCACGAGUCAAGCAGGUUUCGAAUGAAAAACAAUUUAUGAACAAGUGAAUAAAAAGAAUUUGCACUUAGUUGCAUACCAUAUGUAAUAUAGCACAUGAAAGCAUAUAUGUUGUUUUUUUGUCUUCA